AUGGGAAGGUGUCUGGUCUCAACCACUGGCGAUUCCGCCAGAUUUUGUCAAAUACCCAGAUUAAUGCAAUCAUUACACCACCCAAAGCAAUCAAUUCCAAAGGGAUUCAGUUCAAAUUCUCAACCUCUGAGAGGUUUCCAAAAUGGGUUUUGUAGGACUCUCUCCUUCAGCAUUAAACCCACAAGAACAUUGUGCACAAAGGCUGUGUUAUCAGAAAGACAGUUCUCCAGAGUUGGUGCUGAAUCUACUGGGCCUAUUCCAUCCAGUCAACUCCUCGAAGUAGUUGAAACUGCGGCUAAAACUGGUGCUAAGGAGUGGAAAGAGAAGAGACUGAAUGUUUAA